AACACGAAAUCAAAACGAUCGGUUUCCAGAAACAAUAAAUCUCGCCUCGUCGUCUUCUUCUUCGAUUCGAUCCAAGUGUUCUACUUUUCUCUUUUUAUUUUCUACGACUUCAAUCCGAAAGUUUUGAUCCUUUUUUUUAAAAAUUGAAUGCAGAACUUGUUGUAUAGAAGAGGACUCAUCGAUUUGGUCAGAGCUCUUUUGUUGAAUUCCGGAAUUUUCUUUGGGUUUUGUGAUUUUGUCGUUGUGGUUUGUUUUGCUACUUGUAUCCUUAUUCCCUUUGCCUCUGCUUCUUCUUCUUCUUUUGUUUAUUGGCAAUUCAUCUGUGGAGCUCCUCCGCUCAUCUUUCCUGGAGGUGUUGGCAAGAACAAUUCUACUCCAUGGAUUCUCGAGCCAAUCGAAGUCAGGGAUGUGGUUGCUGUUUGUCGGUGGCUUUGUGAGAAUGUUGGUGCUCAUAGGAUCCUUCUCGUGGGUUCUUCUGCUGUGGUUUUAGUUGGAAACACCAAAUAGAAUCAAGGCUGCCGUUGGUGUUAGAAGUUGUUGUGUCAUUGUCGAAGCCUCAAAAACCCUGAAGAAGCAGUAUAAGAAUCAAGGCUUGGCUCAUUAAAACGAGAAACCAACACAAUCACCGCCAUGUAUAAGAAAGAUGGUGAAAAGAGUUUUGCAAACUGCAGGAUUUGGCACCGGUGAGAGCUUUUGCUGAUUUGUUCUCUGCAACUCAGUCCUCCACUUGGUGACCAUCAACUUCCUAAGGUGUUUCACUCUCCUAUCUACAACUGGCUUUUGUGUCUUCAACAUACAUUGUGUUUAAUCAUGAGUCGAAAACAAUGUAUGUUGCGUUUCUAAUCAAAGUUUGUAUCGUUUUCAAACAAAGUUUGUGUUUAAUCGUGAGUCGAAAACAAGACACAAUCAUACAAGUCGAAAACAGAACAAGCACAUGAGUAGUGACUAAUCUUAUACAGCGUACGA